GGGAAGAUGGGGGCCGUGCUGAGGAGCCUCCUGGCCUGCAGCUUCUGUGUGCUCCUGAGAGCGGCCCCUUUGUUACUUUAUGCAAACAGACGGGACUUGCGAUUGGUUGAUGCUACAAAUGGCAAGGAGAAUGCUACAAUUGUAGUUGGAGGCUUGGAAGAUGCAGCUGCAGUGGACUUUGUGUUUGGUCAUGGCUUGAUAUACUGGAGUGAUGUCAGCGAAGAAGCCAUUAAAAGAACAGAGUUUAACAAAACUGAGAGUGUACAGAAUGUUGUCGUUUCUGGAUUAUUAUCUCCUGAUGGGCUGGCAUGCGAUUGGCUUGGAGAAAAAUUAUACUGGACAGAUUCUGAAACUAAUCGGAUUGAAGUUUCUAAUCUAGAUGGAUCUUUACGAAAAGUUUUAUUUUGGCAAGAGUUGGAUCAACCUAGAGCCAUUGCCUUAGAUCCUUCAAGUGGAUUCAUAUACUGGACAGACUGGGGAGAAGUACCAAAGAUAGAGCGUGCUGGAAUGGAUGGUUCAAGUCGCUUCGUUAUAAUAAACACUGAAAUUUACUGGCCAAAUGGAUUGACUUUGGAUUAUGAGGAACGAAAGCUUUAUUGGGCAGAUGCAAAACUUAAUUUCAUUCACAAAUCAAAUCUGGAUGGAACAAAUCGGCAGGCAGUGGUUAAAGGUUCCCUUCCUCAUCCUUUUGCCUUGACGUUAUUUGAGGACACAUUGUACUGGACUGACUGGAAUACACACUCCAUUUUGGCUUGCAACAAGUACACUGGCGAGGGUCUGCGUGAAAUCCAUUCUAACAUCUUCUCUCCCAUGGAUAUACAUGCUUUCAGCCAACAGAGGCAGCCAAAUGCUACAAAUCCAUGUGGAAUUGAUAAUGGUGGUUGUUCCCAUUUGUGUUUGAUGUCUCCAGUCAAGCCUUUUUAUCAGUGUGCUUGCCCAACUGGGGUCAAACUCCUGGAGAAUGGAAAAACUUGCAAAGAUGGUGCCACUGAAUUAUUGCUUUUAGCCCGAAGGACAGACUUGAGACGCAUUUCUUUGGAUACACCAGACUUCACAGACAUUGUUCUACAGUUAGAAGAUAUCCGUCAUGCCAUUGCUAUAGAUUAUGAUCCUGUGGAAGGCUAUAUCUACUGGACUGAUGAUGAAGUGAGGGCCAUACGCCGCUCAUUCAUAGAUGGAUCUGGUAGUCAGUUUGUGGUCACUGCUCAGAUUGCACAUCCUGAUGGUAUUGCUGUUGACUGGGUUGCCCGAAAUCUUUAUUGGACAGACACUGGCACUGAUCGAAUAGAAGUAACAAGGCUCAAUGGGACCAUGAGGAAGAUACUGAUUUCGGAGGACUUAGAGGAACCCCGGGCUAUUGUGUUAGAUCCCAUGGUUGGGUACAUGUAUUGGACUGACUGGGGAGAAAUCCCAAAAAUUGAACGAGCAGCUCUGGAUGGUUCUGACCGAGUAGUGUUGGUUAACACUUCUCUUGGUUGGCCAAAUGGUUUAGCCUUGGAUUAUGAUGAAGGCAAAAUAUACUGGGGAGAUGCCAAAACAGACAAAAUUGAGGUUAUGAAUACUGAUGGCACUGGGAGACGAGUACUAGUGGAAGACAAAAUUCCUCACAUUUUUGGGUUUACUUUGUUGGGGGACUAUGUUUACUGGACUGACUGGCAGAGGCGGAGCAUCGAAAGAGUACACAAGCGGAGUGCAGAGAGGGAAAUCAUCAUAGAUCAGCUCCCUGACCUCAUGGGCCUAAAGGCCACAAAUGUUCAUCGAAUCAUUGGUUCCAACCCCUGCGCUGAUGAAAAUGGGGGAUGUAGCCAUCUUUGCCUAUAUAGACCUCAGGGCCUUCGCUGUGCCUGUCCCAUUGGCUUUGAACUCAUCAGUGACAUGAAGACCUGCAUUGUCCCAGAGGCUUUCCUUUUGUUUUCUCGGAGAGCAGAUAUCAGGCGAAUUUCUUUGGAAACUAACAAUAAUAAUGUGGCCAUUCCACUCACUGGUGUCAAAGAAGCUUCUGCUUUGGAUUUUGAUGUGACAGACAACCGAAUUUACUGGACUGAUAUAUCACUCAAGACCAUCAGCAGAGCCUUUAUGAAUGGCAGUGCAUUGGAACAUGUGGUGGAAUUUGGCCUAGAUUAUCCAGAAGGCAUGGCAGUAGACUGGCUUGGGAAGAACUUGUACUGGGCAGACACAGGAACGAAUCGAAUUGAAGCAUCGAAGUUGGAUGGGCAGCACCGACAAGUUUUGGUGUGGAAAGACCUAGACAGUCCCAGAGCUCUUGCGUUGGACCCUGCUGAAGGAUUUAUGUAUUGGACUGAAUGGGGUGGAAAACCUAAGAUAGACAGAGCUGCCAUGGAUGGAAGUGAACGUACUACAUUAGUUCCAAAUGUGGGGCGUGCAAAUGGCCUAACUAUCGAUUAUGCUAAAAGGAGGCUCUACUGGACAGACCUGGACACCAACUUAAUAGAAUCUUCAAAUAUGCUGGGACUCAACCGUGAAGUUAUAGCAGAUGACUUGCCUCAUCCUUUUGGCUUAACUCAGUACCAAGAUUACAUCUACUGGACAGACUGGAGCCGACGCAGCAUUGAGCGUGCCAACAAAACUAGUGGCCAAAACCGCACCAUCAUUCAGGGCCAUUUGGAUUAUGUGAUGGACAUCCUCGUCUUUCACUCCUCUCGGCAGGCAGGCUGGAAUGAGUGUGCUUCCAGCAAUGGGCACUGCUCCCACCUCUGCUUGGCUGUGCCAGUGGGAGGUUUUGUUUGUGGAUGUCCUGCCCACUACUCUCUUAAUGCUGACAACAGGACUUGUAGUGCUCCAACUACUUUCCUGCUCUUCAGUCAGAAGAGUGCUAUCAACCGCAUGGUAAUUGAUGAACAGCAGAGUCCCGACAUCAUCCUUCCUAUCCACAGCCUUCGGAAUGUCCGGGCCAUUGACUAUGACCCACUGGACAAACAACUGUAUUGGAUUGAUUCACGACAAAACAUGAUCCGAAAAGCACAAGAAGAUGGCAGCCAGGGCUUUACUGUGGUUGUGAGCUCAGUUCCGAAUCAGAACCUAGAAAUACAACCCUAUGACCUCAGCAUUGAUAUUUAUAGCCGGUACAUCUACUGGACUUGUGAGGCCACCAACGUCAUUACUGUAACAAGACUAGAUGGGAGAUCAAUUGGAGUGGUGCUAAAAGGCGAGCAAGACAGGCCUCGAGCCAUCGUGGUAAACCCAGAGAAAGGGUAUAUGUAUUUUACCAAUCUUCAGGAAAGGUCUCCGAAAAUUGAACGAGCUGCUUUGGAUGGAACAGAACGGGAGGUUCUAUUUUUUAGUGGCUUAAGUAAACCAAUUGCUUUAGCCCUUGAUAGCAGACUGGGCAAGCUCUUUUGGGCUGAUUCAGAUCUCCGGCGAAUUGAAAGCAGUGAUCUCUCAGGUGCCAACCGGAUAGUAUUAGAAGACUCCAAUAUCUUGCAGCCCGUGGGACUGACUGUGUUUGAAAAUUGGCUCUAUUGGAUUGAUAAGCAGCAGCAAAUGAUUGAAAAAAUUGACAUGACAGGUCGAGAGGGUAGAACCAAAGUCCAGGCUCGAAUAGCCCAGCUUAGUGACAUUCAUGCUGUAAAGGAGCUGAACCUUCAGGAAUAUAGACAGCACCCUUGUGCUCAGGAUAAUGGUGGCUGUUCACAUAUUUGUCUUGUAAAAGGAGAUGGUACUACAAGGUGCUCUUGCCCCAUGCACUUGGUUCUGCUUCAAGAUGAACUAUCAUGUGGAGAACCCCCAACAUGUUCUCCUCAGCAGUUUACUUGUUUCACGGGAGAAAUUGAUUGUAUCCCUGUGGCUUGGCGGUGUGAUGGGUUUACUGAAUGUGAAGACCACAGUGAUGAACUCAAUUGUCCUGUAUGCUCAGAGUCCCAGUUCCAGUGUGCCAGUGGACAGUGUAUCGAUGGUGCCCUCAGAUGCAAUGGAGAUGCAAACUGCCAGGAUAAAUCAGACGAGAAGAACUGUGAAGUGCUUUGUUUAAUUGAUCAGUUCCGCUGUGCCAAUGGUCAGUGCAUUGGAAAACAUAAGAAAUGUGAUCAUAAUGUGGAUUGCAGUGACAAAUCAGAUGAACUGGAUUGUUAUCCAACCGAGGAGCCAGCACCACAGGCCACCAAUACAGUUGGUUCAGUUAUUGGAGUAAUUGUCACUAUUUUUGUGUCUGGAACCAUAUACUUUAUUUGCCAGAGGAUGUUGUGUCCACGUAUGAAGGGAGAUGGAGAAACCAUGACUAAUGACUACGUAGUUCAUGGACCAGCUUCUGUGCCCCUUGGUUACGUGCCACACCCAAGUUCUUUGUCAGGAUCUCUUCCAGGAAUGUCUCGAGGUAAAUCAAUGAUCAGCUCACUCAGUAUCAUGGGGGGAAGCAGUGGACCCCCUUAUGACCGAGCUCAUGUCACAGGAGCGUCAUCGAGUAGCUCUUCAAGCACCAAAGGCACUUACUUCCCUGCAAUUUUGAACCCUCCGCCAUCCCCAGCCACAGAGCGAUCACAUUACACUAUGGAAUUUGGUUAUUCUUCAAACAGUCCUUCCACUCAUAGGUCCUACAGCUACAGGCCAUACAGUUACCGGCACUUUGCACCCCCAACCACACCCUGCAGCACAGAUGUUUGUGACAGUGACUAUGCUCCCAGCCGGAGAAUGACCUCAGUGGCAACAGCCAAGGGCUAUACUAGUGACUUGAACUAUGACUCAGAGCCUGUGCCCCCACCUCCCACACCCCGAAGCCAAUACUUAUCAGCAGAAGAGAACUAUGAAAGCUGCCCACCUUCACCAUACACAGAGAGGAGCUACUCUCAUCACCUCUACCCUCCGCCACCCUCUCCCUGUACAGACUCCUCCUGAGGAGGGGCCCUCCUCCUCUGACUGCCUCCAAUGCAAACAUGCUCAGCUCUUCAAUUUGACUGCUGUUUGUGCAUAAUGAUCAAAGGUUAGACAUAUUGCUCCUCUUUACUUCUAAGAUUGUUUUAAUGCUCAUUAAUCUGUCUUUUUACAACACAUAUAGACAAUGUUUAAGAAUUACAAAUUUAACCGUUAUGUUUUUGUUAUAAGUUGAUCAUAUAUCCUUGCAGUACUUUCAGCAUGUAAUA